GUAUUCUAUCGCUAGAAAUAACUGGUUAUGUGGCCGUUGAUCAUAAGGGCUCGUUCACAGCAGAACCGGGGGCAAACAUCCUUGUGUCCCAAUUUAGCAAUUGGAAAAAUGCUGAAAGUUUUGCCCUUCCUUUAAAUACACACUAUGUGACAAUUGAAGUUGAAAGAAAAAAUAAUUUCAAAGGAGGAAUAUUGGCAGAAUUUAGUAAUGGCUACGUGACGGAUUCGUCUUGGCAAUGUAGCGAUAUAAAUUCUACUGCGAAAAGCUCUUGGCCCGUAGCUCAAGAAGUUGCGACGAAUGACGGCCAAGAUAGUCGAUGGAGUAAGGUGGUUAGCAAUAUCGCAAACCACGCGAAAUGGAUUUGGACUGCAAAUACUCAGGAUAAUAAAAUCUGGUGUCAGAAGGAAUUCGGUGGGUGA